AUGGUCAAGGCUAGCGAUUCACCAAAAAAGGAAAAGGUUUCUUCAGCAACGAAGCGACCUACCAAAAAGAAGCCAAAAGACAAACCCAAGCGUCCCCUGAGCGCCUACAAUUUCUUUUUCAAGGAAGAACGAGAAAAGAUCCUAAAGGUCGUCCUUGCAGAAGAUCCUUCUAAGUUGCAAUCGAACCCAGAAGAUGUUGAUUAUCUAGACGAGGCGGCUAUUGGUCGACUGAAGAAGGAAGGAGGCAAGGUUUCCUUUGAAGAAAUGGGGAAAAUAAUUGGAAUGCGAUGGAAGAACAUUGACCCCGAUCGUCUAUCUACCUAUUCCGAAAUGGCAUCAGAAGACACAGAACGGUAUAAGACCGAAAUGCAAGCAUACAAUGGCCGUCAAGAAGCGAAGAUGCGUAGUGAAGCUAUGAAACAACAAGCUGCAAACUACCCUCCACCUAGUAUGGCCAUGGCACGAGGACCCGAAGGAUAUCCCCCUCAUCCCGCCGACAUGGGACGUGGGCCACCACUUGGCAUGUAUGCUGACCAAAUGGGUAACAUGUCCCCGUACAAUCCAGCUGGCCUUUCGGGUUAUAGCCCCUAUGGUGGAAUGGAAUAUGGAGGUUAUGGUGGCAUGAGUUACGGAGGAAUGGGUGGAUAUGGGGGCUACUCAAUGGGACCUCCACCCCAGGGUCCACCAGGAAUGGAAGAACUAAGCUAUUCACGUGGGGGAGGCUAUGGGGGAAUGCAAAUGAUGGGAGGUGGAUAUCAAGGAGGCCCACCACCACCGAUGAUGAGCUACGGAGGCGGAGGCGGUGGUCCACCGCCAGAUUAUGGUGGUGGUCAUCCAGGUCAUCCACAAUACGUCAUGGAGCCUCAUCCAGGUGGACCACAUCCAGGAGGCUCACCUCCUUCCCAUGGAGGUCCACCACCACAACAUUCUGGCGGUGGACCACCACCUCCAGGCAUGUAUGGCGGAUAUGGUGGAAGCUACCCUGGUCCUGGUGGAUAA